CGGCGCUGCCCGGUCCCGUGACCGCGCGCCCCGCCCGGAGCCGCCGCCGUCAUGCAGUCCCCGGCGGUGCUCGUCACCUCCAGGCAAGUCCAGAAUGUCCACACAGGCCUCGAUCUGACCGUGCCCCAGCAUCAGGAGGUGCGGGGCAAGAUGAUGUCUGGCCACGUGGAGUACCAGAUCCUGGUGGUGACCCGGCUGGCUGCAUUCAAGUCAGCCAAGCACAGGCCAGAGGACGUCGUCCAGUUCUUGGUCUCCAAAAAGUACAGCGAGAUUGAGGAGUUUUACCAGAAACUGAGCAGUCGCUAUGCAACAGCCGGCCUCCCUGCGCUCCCCAGGAAGGUCCUGUUUGUGGGGGAAUCUGACAUCCGGGAAAGGAGAGCCGUGUUCAAUGAGAUUCUGCGCUGUGUCUCCAAGGAUGCCGAGUUGGCAGGCAGCCCAGAGCUGCUAGAAUUCUUAGGCACCAGAUCCUCAGGUGCUGCAGGUCUCACCAGCAGAGACGCCUCUGUUCUGGAGGGCACAGACAGCCAGGAAGGGGACGAGGAGGAGGCUUUUGACUUCUUUGGGCAGCAGGACCGAAUGAGGGGUGAGGGUCCUCCCGUCCUGGACCUGAAGGGUGAGGAUGCAGAGAAGUCCGUGGAAGAGGAGGAGGAGGAGUUGGAUCCCCUGGGCAUCAUGCGCUCCAAAAAGCCCAAGAAAUGCCCCGAAGUGGCAGUCAAACCCAAGCCUUCCCCCCGGCGCUCCAUCUUCAAUGAGGAGCUGGAUCCUGAUGAGGGGCUCUUUGGCCUAGGCAGGAAGCUCUCCCCACAGGGCCCCUUGGAGGACGUGACCCCCACAGAUUCCCUGAAGCUGUUUGACGAUCCUGACCUCGGUGGGGCUGUCCCCCUGGGCGACCCCUUACUGCUGCCAGCUGCUUGUGAGAGUGCAGGGCCCACGUCCAGCCUGGGCUGCCAGGAUGCCUCUGAGGAGCUGUUCAGAGUUGAAGAGGACUUGGACCAGAUUCUGAACCUGGGAGCUGAGCCCAAACCCAAGCCCCAGCUUAAGCCUAAGCCACCAGUGGCAGCUAAGCCAGCACUACCCAGAAAACCAGCUGUUCCCCCCAAAGUGGGCUCGUCUGAAGCUGUGGUCGGGCAGCGGAAGCAGCAGCAGCAGAUCCAAGCCAUGGACGAGAUGGACAUCUUGCAGUACAUCCGGGACCACGACACACCUGUCCAGUCCACCCCCAGCCUCUUCUGACCAUCCCCCCCACGCUGGCCUCUGGCCCAGCUGACCCUCCCACGUGGGCGUGCCUGCCGGGCUAUGACCUCCAUCCCCAUGGGACCCAGUACUGCACUGUGGGUUCGGAGUUGAACACCCUUUUCUCCUGGGCUGUGGGGUCAGAGUGGAACCCCUGCAGGGUCAGAGAGCAAGGUAGCCAUAGGAAUUGGAGCCCAGGUUGUCUCAGUCCACGUGGAUGCAGAGGGGAGAGUGUGUGGGGAGGCCUCACUAACCAUAAGACAUGCAGGGGCCCCAGGGAGGUGUCACAUGGCGCAGGGAGACCUCAUGACCAUGGACUCUGCAGCCCCAGCACAGGAGGGAAAACCAGCUGGCAUGGGCCUGGGGUCUCUGCUGGCAUGGCUGCCGGGAGCCUGCAGGCUCUGGGUGGGCCUCCCAGGAAGGGGACAAUGACCAGGAAACCCUGGCUGUCUGGGGUGUUCUGACAUGAGUCUCCUCUAGUUACCAGCACCAAAGGGAAAAGCCAGGCUCAGCCCUGCCUCUUGGGUAUGGAGGUCCCACUGCCAGGCCCCAAGGCCUCCUCCCUUUUCCUUUCCAGGACAGGCCUGGCCAGCCCAUGGCCUCCUUGGGCCUCUGGGCAGAGCCAACAUCCACCCUUGCAGCUCUCAGCGAGCAAGUCACAGCAUGUCCCAGAGCUCUGCCCAGGCCUGGAGCUUGGGACAGGCUUCCAGCCGGUGCUGCCUCCUAUUCCCAAUGGGGCACAAGGCUCUCAGGCUUCUGCCCUGAAGCCUUCCCUGUCCUCAGGGUCUGGACUUCCUCAGUGGCCUUCACUGGAGGAGCCGCCUUCCCAGGGAGAAAGAACUGUGCGCAGGGCAGGGCCAGUGCCUUAGACUUCUCCCAGACCCCCGGGCACCCGAGACUGGGCACCACGUGGUGCUCGGGAAAUUCUCAGUGAAUGAAUGACGUCUAAUGAGCAAAACAUCAGUAUGUCUGUCUUGGAUGUAUUCUUCAUGUUCACAGCUAGUUUUUAAUGAAACACAGUAGUUUUUAAUGAAAUGCAAACACUGCUGUUCCUUGGCUCUGUCCUGCCUGGCAGAGGCACUGGAAGGGGGACUAGGCACACCCCCUCCCCACCCCCCACCAUUCCUGAUAGGGGCCAAGAGCCAGUCCUGAGGGAGCCCCUGGUGGACAUAUGCCAGUCAUCUGCUGUGAUCAUUCUCUAGUGUCCCAGCUCCUGUCCUGGGCCAGGGCCCGCUGGGUUGGGGGCACCAGGUCUCAUCUAUCCUUCAUCUCACUGUGUACGUCAUCAGCUGCCAAUUCCUCAAUAGGUCACCCACCCUCCCUGGCACCUGUGCAGAGUGAGAGGAAAUAGGUGGUCUGGGGCAGAGAGCUGAACUCCUUCCCUGCCUUCCCCAAGCCUGAGGGCUCCCUCCCUCCCCAGGGCUCUGAGUGGCUCUAGGACAGUUCAGCCCCAGCCCCUGCUUCCCUUUUUCAUGUCCUCCACCAUCACUUCCCAGCACCUUGCAGAGGAAGGCCUCGAUGGGAGUGGGGAGGCGAGGGGGCCGGGUCUUCCUCAGAGGCCACCCAGCUCCUGCUGGCCCCAGCUCUCCCUCUGGCUCUUUCCCCUCCCCACCCUCCCCUCUGUGCCCUGGAUGCCAGCUCCCUGCCCCUCCCCCACCUGCUUUGGAUGAUGUGUGACCUAGGAGCAGAGGGUGCGGCAGGGCAGCCAUGGUGGCUGGCCUCUGGCUGGGGUGACUGUCGGACCCUGGACUCCACUCUGGUGUGGAUUGAGCCACAGUGUUCCAGCCUCUUCAGUGUCUUGCAGCUCUCUGGACACCCCUGCAGAGAUUUGUGCUUCCCCAGAUACUGACGCUCCAAUUGUGGCUUGUUUUCUACUACAGGUCUGUGACCUACUGGCCCAUCAGUGACACCCACUCAUCCAAUAAAGUCUGUC